AUGUCCGGGGCAAAUACCCCCUCCGAGAGCGGGUCAUCCACUCGUUCGCUCGCCUGGGACUACAGUCACCUCGAGCUGCAGCCCGUCACCGUCCACGAGCUCGUCUACAAGCGCGGCUUCGUCAAGGUCAACCACCGCAGGGCACCCAUCACCAGCAACGACAUCGUCGAAGAAAGCCUCGGAAAGCCGGUCUUCAAGCGCCCCAGGAACAAGCCAAUCUGUGAUGCGGAAGUCGGUGAUGAGAAGCGUACCUGCUUGAGUUUUGCUUACCCAUCCUUGCGGUCUCCCGUGGCGGCUUUGCUGCAGAAUGUCGGACCCUCAGAUGAGAUGUGGCGCCACUUUGACGUCUACCGGACGAGCGUCGACAUGGCCCUGUUGAAGCACAACCUGCAAUGCCCCGAGUAUGACCGGUUGACGUUCACGAUGAUGGACCACGAGCUGAAGCAUACUGGCGCGACUCCUGCUGCGAAGGUUGUCGCCGAGCUGCGCAACAACAUCAAGCAGCUCGCCCUGCACUCGAUCUCCUCCUUCAUCGAGGCCCUGAAGCUCGCCAAGGGAUCACGGCUCGAAGACACGCUUCGACUUAUGGCACUGCUCUUCGACAUCACCGAGACGUUGCCCACCGAGUUGCGCAACGGGCUGAAGAAGUUGCCCCCAGAGAUGUGGCUUGAGGCUGUCCCUCAAUUGAUCGCUCGACUGGAGGCGAAGAACUCGCAGGACACGAGGGAGGCGCGGAAUGCUGGCAUCGUCAAGCAGGUCAUCCUCGACGUCAGCAAGGUGUAUCCUCAGGCCCUCGUCUACCCAAUCACGGUCGCUGCAAAAUCAAGUGGUUCGGAAAAUGGGCUGGAGCUGUUCACGCUAUUCAGUGACAUGUCCCCGAAGCACAACAAGCUGGCCGAAGAGGCGAAGCUCGUCACCGAGGAGCUCGUUCGAUGCGCUAUCCUUUGGCACGAACAGUGGAACGAAGCCCUGGAUGAGGCGAGCCGGCUGUAUUUCCAGGAAAACGACAUCCCCGGUUUCCUGGCAACCCUCGACCCGAUGCACCAAAGGCUGAAGACGGCCCCGAUGACGAUCAAGGAACACUCGUUUGUUCAAACCUACUUCGCCGAUCUGACGGACGCGCUCAAGUUCUGCAACGCCUACCGCAUUGGCCAAGACCGAAAAGAGCUGGCGCAGGCCUGGGAAAUCUACAUCAACGUGUUCAAGCGGAUUCAAGGUCAACUUCGACAACUGACCUCUUUGGACCUGACGUACGUGUCGCCAAAGUUGAAGAAUGCCAAAGAUCUCUCCAUUUCGGUCCCCGGCACCUACGACCCAGCGCAAACGGACGAGGACAUUGUCCGCAUCAGCUACGUCGACACCCUGCUGACCGUCAUCAGCAGCAAGCAAAAGCCGAGGAAAAUGCAGAUGAGAGGCAGCAAUGGACGGGAUUACAUGUUCCUGCUAAAGGGGCACGAAGACCCGCGCCAGGACGAGCGUGUCAUGCAGCUAUUCGGGCUGGUUAACGCCAUGCUAGCGAAAAAUGAAGAAACCGGACGCACGAAUCUUGCCAUUCAGCGCUAUUCCAUCAUUGCCCUCUCGCAAAACUCGGGCCUGAUCGGCUGGGUGCCAAACUGUGACACGCUGCACACUCUCGUCAAGGAGUACCGCGAAAAGAAGAAGAUCUCGCUAUCCGCCGAGCACAAAGAAAUGCAAGCCAACGCGCAAGAUCUGGAGACGUUGCCGCUCGAUCAGAAGGUGCAACUUUUCAACCUGGCCCUCGCAAAGACGAGCGGCGAUGAUUUGCAGAAGAUUUUGUGGCUCAAGAGUCCCAGCUCCGAAGUUUGGUUCGACCGACGCACGAAUUACACCCGCUCGAUGGCCGUGAUGAGCAUGGUUGGGUACAUUCUGGGGCUUGGCGAUCGCCACCCCUCAAAUCUGAUGCUCGACCGGCUGACGGGCAAGAUUGUGCACAUCGACUUUGGCGAUUGCUUCGAGGUGGCCAUGUCCCGGGAGAAGUACCCGGAAAAGAUCCCCUUCCGGUUGACACGCAUGCUCAUCAAGGCGAUGGAGGUCUGCGGCAUCAAUGGCAACUAUCGUCAUACUUCGGAGCGAGUGCUCGGUCUUUUGCGUGCGAACAAGGAUUCUCUGCUCGCCGUCCUCGAGGCAUUCGUCAAUGACCCAAACAUCAGUUGGCGGUUGUUGGAAGUGAACCGGCAACGACGGAACCCCGCCGAGAAGCAGGACAUUUCCAAGAUGGUCAAGGACGAAGGGCUCAGUCAAGAGUCGGCUCGAAAAAUUGUCGAGCGGAUCAAGAGCAAACUCAUCGGGCACGACUUCGAACCGGAGCGCGAGUACAACGUCGUCGAGCAGUUCAACAAGCUCGUCGAAGAGGCCACAAACGCCGAAAAUCUGUGCCAAUGUUACGUGGGAUGGUGCCCGUUCUGG